ACUUGUUUUCAAGGCAGGAGCGCUGAGUAAUCUGUAGUCACUCAACGCUCCAACCGGAUCUGACCCUGUGGUGUGUAAGGAUGACAGGAAGCUUUAAAGCUCUGCUGCUUCUGUCUCUGUGUCUGCUGGUUUGGGCAGUGCCAAUAGACCGCAACCCAGACCCUCCUCAGGAGGAGAAAGCAGAGGAGAAUGUGGACACUGGACUGUACUAUGACCGUUACCUCAGAGAGGUGAUUGAGGUGCUGGAAACAGAUCCUCACUUCAGGGAAAAACUGCAGACUGCCAACACCGAGGACAUUAAGAACGGACGCCUCAGUAAGGAGUUGGAUUUGGUGGGUCAUCAUGUCAGAACUCGACUGGACGAGCUAAAGAGGCAGGAGGUCUCGCGCCUCAGGAUGCUGCUGAAGGCUAAACUGGACAGCACCAAUGCCCAGAGUGUUCAGAUGGAUCACGCCUCCUUGUUGAAGCAGUUUGAACAUCUGGAUCCUCAUAAUCAGAACACUUUUGAGGCCAAAGACCUGGAACUGCUUAUCGCCACAGCCACUAAAGAUCUUGAGAAUUACGAUGCAGAGCGGCAUGAAGAGUUUAAGCGCUACGAGAUGCUAAAGGAGCACGAGAGAAGGGAGUACCUGAAGAGUUUGGACCAGGAGAAGAGGGAGAAGGAGGAGAAGAGGAUGGAUGAGUUGAAAGAAAAGCACAGGCAACAUCCUAAAGUUAACUCCCCGGGUAGUGUGGAUCAGUUGCGAGAGGUCUGGGAGGAGACGGAUGGGCUGGAUCCACAAGAGUUCAAUCCCAAGACUUUUUUUAAAUUACAUGAUACAAACAGUGACGGUGUGUUGGAUGUGCAAGAGCUGGAGGCUCUCUUCACAAAAGAGCUGGAGAAGGUGUAUGAUCCCAAGAAUGAAGAAGAUGACAUGGUGGAGAUGGAGGAAGAGAGGCUGAGGAUGCGAGAACAUGUCAUGCAAAACGUGGAUGUCAAUCACGAUCGUCUGGUCAGCCUGGAAGAGUUUCUCAAAUCCACAGAGAAGAGAGAGUUAAACAACCAAAAAGAAUGGGAGACGCUGGAUGACACAAAGCCGGUGUAUACAGAAGAGGAGCUGCAGCGCUUUGAGACAGAACUUCGGGAUAAAGAGCUGGAGCUCGGCAGAAGAGCAGAGAAAUUAAGACAGGAGCAGGAACUUCUGAAAGAGAGAAGCAAAGCUCUUGAAGCACAGAAACGAGAAUAUCAGCAGGCAGUGAUGGAGAUGUCACAGAAGCAAAAGGAGCAACAGGCACUGAACAAACAGCCUCCCUCGGGUCCUAAUGGGGAGCUUAAGUUCCAAGAGGGCAUCCAGAAACUAAUAAAUGAAGACAGUCAAGUGAAAGAACCAGACCAACAGACUGGAGAUGUUCAAAACAACCUUCCAGCUGAGCCACCACAGAAUCUGCCUCAACACACCUCCUAACACACACACAAAUCAGAACUUCCAGAACUUGCCUUUUAACACAGGGCAGAUACAAACCUACUGAACUUUUCAUAGCAUAACCAGAUCAAAACAGCUCAAAGUAACAGUAAACGCUUCUCAAAUACGUAUUCUUAGUGUUUUUGGGCUUCAUUCUCAAACAAAACUGCUCAAAUACAGUGGCAUCAUUAUAGAUGAUCAUUAAUAUAUUAGCAUGUUCCCUUGUAAAGAAUGGCAGAUGAGUAGUGGAUAUGAGGUUUUCUGCUGCUGUGGUGGUUGUUUGGGUUUAUUCUUUUAAAUGUUGAUCCUUUUGCCCUGAUUUAAAGUUUACAGCCUGGUUUGGUUUUUGUUACCUUUCUAGCCCCUUGGUUCCUUUCUGUGGUUUACAGCCUUAAACACAAGGCUUGAUGGGAUGAGGAUUUUGUUAACCAGACGUUUUCAGUCACCGUAAUGUGCAAUGAUUUCUUUUUUAAAUGUAAAAUACAAAUUAUGACAGCAUUUUAAUUCUUUCAUUUAAUAAAUAUCUAAAAAAAAAUUUCAAUCCUGCAAGUUAUAGCCAGAAAAAAAGUGAUAGUUCAGUCGAAAAUUAAUAUUUUCAUCAAUUGUAUGUCAUACUAAACCUGUAAGAUGUUCAUUUUUCUUCAGAGCACAACAAAUUACUACAUAAAACACACACACACACACACACACACACGCACAAUAAAAUAUGACAAAUAAAUGUAAUAAAUGACUUUAAAAU